AUGCCCCGGUGCGUUGAGUGCAACUUCAAUAUCGCACGCAUUGUCCACCCAGAGACGGAGGUGGUUGAGAAGUGUGCCGCGUGUGGCCGCUGCUGCGACAGGUACUACGAAUUCGCUUACGUUCAGAAGUGGAUUGAUAUUGUUAUUUUGGAAAGACGUGCCUGGAUCCAUGUCUUAUUCAACCAGAAAGAACUCUUUUUACCACUGUUGCUAUCGGCAUUACUCUCAUGCUUGAUGGAGGCCUAUGUGGUGCGAACAACAUCGGUUUACGACAAUUUGCGCAACAGCAAGUUCUACUUGCCGGCGCCCUUGGACAGUAAUUUAACCGCAACGGAAAGCCUUCAACUUGUGCGGAACCUGCGACAGGACGUGAUGCCGCUAAUGAUGUACUUGAGCACGUGGCCCACACUCUUUCUGUACGCUUGCGUGGAGUACUUCCUCUGCCUCAUCGUUGCCAUUUGGGUCGGUGUACGCUCGCAUGGUGGCGGGGGCUCUGGGGAGGACGAUGCGAUGGUCACGUGGGCGACAGCGGUGAGCCUUGCUUACACGGCGAAGCUGGGAUAUCUGGUCUUCCUGGUCUGGCGCAUUCCCAUCCCUUUAGCAGUUGUUGUAGACUUUGUCUUCCUCAUGUGGGCGAUACAGGGAUUUAGUGUUACGGCCAACCACUCCACUCGUUUCUUCCCAGUCGUCGCCGUGGCUUUGUGCGCCUUCACGCGGGUCCUCUUUCGUCACAUCACGGGAUGGAGCCCGCAACUCAUCUACUAA